CGUUUCCGGCAGUUGGUCAACUCCAAAUUCUUUGACGGCUGCGCAAUCUUCCGCGUCAUCCCUGGCGUGGUGCUGCAGUUCGGCCUUUCGAGCAAUCGUACACUGCAGGCGCAGUGGGAUGCGCAGCCGCUAUCCGACGAGGCGGUGGCUCACCCCGACUGGAACAUCCGCGGCUCGGUCGCGUUUGUCGCCUCGGACACUUCGCCUCGUGGCACGCAGCUGAUCAUUAACUUGGACGACAACCCCAACUUGGACGACAAAGGCUACGUCCCGAUUGGCCGCGUUGUCUUCGGCAUGCCAACACUUGCCUCCGUCUACUCUGGCUACCGAGACCGACCGCAGCAGGCUGAGAUCCGAAAGCGCGGCGGUGAGUACUUGCAGAGCGAGUUCCCGCGCCUCUCGCGCAUCGUGUCGGUGCGGCAGGUAGCC